AGAUAAGUCGUACAACAAAACCAAAACGGAGCUUCGUUCGAUUAAGAAAGAGCGCAGGUUGCGUCGAGGCAUUUUAGGCAUUCAUCAGAUUUGCAGCAAAACGGCGAUUACGAAUCUCUGAUUCUCGGUCAGUCCCCAGUCCAGCUGCAGCACCGCACCUCCGGGCUUCGGCAGUCCUCUGUCCGCCGGUUCAGCAGCGGCUGUCCACACCCGGCAGUCGGUCGCACGCCCCAAAUCUGGAUUCUCCCUUGGCCAUUGCAGAGAGUUUUGGAACAUUCGCAGUUUGCCCCACCUGCCUUCAAUCCUCAAGUAGUAAUAGAAAUUGGAGUUUUAUGCUGUAGCAGAGUGUAGGAUUUUGAUAUGCCCUGGUACUUGCUGGGAUUUGAAGUGCAGACAGGCUGCAGGGUGAGGAUGCUUAUCACCGACUCAAUUUCAUCUCUUAUCAUACCAGCUCUUGGAGUGGGUGGUGCACAUGGAAAGCUUCCAUCAUUUAAAAAGGGUAGUCGACAAUGGGAGAAAGCAAGGCAUAAAACCUCAUGCUCUUUUCAAGUUUCAGUUCCUCCAGGGGUUCAAUCCAUGAAAUCCAAUGCUGGACAGUGCUUCAACUCACAAGCAUUAGCUUUGGUGCAAAGAUUAGCACUCCUAGAUUUGGAUCCUUCCACUGCCAAGUUGGCCAUUGGCUUUGUUGAACCCCUCUUAUCGGUGUUUUCUUUCUUGUUCAUUCUGAGGAUAGUGAUGUCAUGGUACCCUAAACUCCCUGUCUGGAAAUUUCCUUACGUGAUAGUGUAUGCACCGACAGAGCCUUUCUUGAGCGCAACGAGAAAAGUGAUACCCCCUCUUGGCGGAGUGGAUGUCACACCUGUGGUCUGGUUUGGACUGGUCAGCUUCCUUAAUGAAAUUCUGGUUGGCCCUCAAGGCUUGCUUGUUCUCUUAUCUCAACAAUUAGGCUCCUAAGGGUCAUGGUAUGGAUGUAAUAUGUCCAUGGUAAUACACUGGUCACUUUUGUACACGGCAUUGAAGUAAGCAUAUGUGUGGGGUAAGUGGUAACCAUGGGCAGAAGACCCAGAAAUCUGAGGGACAUGUGCACACCACAUUUUUACUAAUUAUUGGAUAAUACGUAGUAAUCUAUAUAAUAACCCUUGCGUAGUAUCUAUUAUCUAUUACUAAUACUGCUAUAUAAAACCAUUUGUUUUUUUUGCUACAUUUUCCCUGCAAAAACAAUCAUAAUGUCC